AGCGGCGGCCGCGGCGGCAUCGCGGCCUGGGGACGCCAGCGCUCCGCCGGACUCGGCGCCCGCGAGAGCGCCCUUUGCGCGCGGAUCUGCCUUCCGGGGUGCUGGGCUGCCCGGAGCGUCCGGCGUUCCCCGAGGGCGGGCGUGUCCUCGCGGCGCGGGGCGGGGGACCAGCGCGGGGCCGCAGCCUGUUGGAGCGCGGGGGGUGCCGUGCCGGGGGCGCUGGGAGCCCUGCGGGGGACGGCGCGGCCCGGCUCCCUGUGCGGAGCAGUUUUCGCGAACUCUCCACCUCCUCCUCAUUGGGGCCCAGCGCUGCCGGGAGACCCCGUCUACAUCUAAGGAAGAAAGGAGUGUCAUGAAAAAGGAACAGAAAAGAACCGGCAUUCUUGGUCAAAGGGGAGUUUUCUUUUCCAGUUGGUGGUUACUUCAUGAUUGGAAACGAAGUACCUAGGUGGCUGAAGAGAUUAGAUUUUUAUAGUUGAACAGAUGGAGCUGAUAAAAGAAGACAUGAAAAUACUUUCUCUGGGUCAUAAUGGGCAAUGAGUAAGUAAGCCUGAACAAGACAGAUUUGAAAUGAGGGCAGAACUUUUGAUUUUUUAAGACCAAGUAGGACUUUGAACACUUGUUGAGGAUGUUCUUUUCCCAAAACUGGAAGAAGAAAACAUUUGCAAAGCAAAGGUGUAAAAAGUGGAAGGGAGUAACGACCAAGAAUUUCAGCUUCAAGAAUUUCAGUACAUCAUCAACUCCUUCGGGCAGACACAGGCACAAGGAUCAUACGUGGGGGUGAUGGUUUCCUAUCCUAGGAACAACUUUUUAAUUUGGAUUUUGGAGUUCUUAUUUUUCUUUCUUUCUUUCUUUUUUUUUUUUUUUUACAAUUUGUGUUUUGACUCUUCAUGUUAGAUAGAUUUAUGUAAAGGAGGUAAAUCCUGAAUUCAUAGUAUGUUUGACUCUACCACACUGUUUGCUCUGUGAUAUGGAAACAUAGAGGUUUUAACAUUCCUCGAAGUUUUAUGGGAAGCAAAUCUGUGUCAGGGACAUAGUGUAAGUUUUCUCCUUUUGGCAACCCACCUUGCUUUGAAUGAACUGAAUGUCAGCUGGAUUUCACAGCAUAUCUGAUUUACAGUCUUUGUGUUAUCAAGGCCUUAAAUGUUAUGCUUUAUCCUAGGCAGAUGGGAAAUACCUUGAGCACUGUGUUUGACAUGUAUGCCUAAGGAAGGGAACUCCCCGAUGGAUCAUGGCGUUAAUGUUUACAGGACAUUUCUUAUUUUUAGCAUUAGUGAUGUUGGCUUUCUCUACUUUUGAGGAAUCUGUGAGCAAUUACUCUGACUGGGUAGUUUUCACCGAUGAUACAGAUCAGUUUAAGACACAGAAAGUGCAAGAUUUCAAACCCAGUCCAAAGCUGAAGAAAAGUAUGCUUCAUCCAAGUUUAUAUUUUGAUGCUGGAGAAAUCCAGGCAAUGAGACAAAAGUCUCGUACAAGCCAUUUGCAUCUGUUUAGAGCUAUCAGAAGUGCAGUCACAGUUAUGCUGUCCAACCCCACAUACUACCUACCUCCACCCAAGCAUGCUGAUUUUGCUGCCAAGUGGAAUGAAAUUUAUGGUAACAAUCUGCCUCCUUUAGCACUGUACUGUUUGUUAUGUCCAGAAGACAACGUUGCCUUUGAGUUUGUCUUGGAAUUUAUGGACAGGAUGGUUGGCUACAAAGACUGGCUGGUUGAGAAUGCACCAGGGGAUGAGGUUCCAGUUGGCCAUUCCUUAACGGGUUUUGCCACUGCCUUUGACUUUUUGUAUAACUUACUAGAUGAUCAUCGAAGACAAAAAUACCUGGAAAAAAUAUGGGCUGUUACUGAGGAAAUGUAUGAGUAUUCCAAGGUCCGUUCAUGGGGCAAACAACUUCUCCAUAAUCACCAAGCUACUAACAUGAUAGCAUUACUCACUGGGGCUUUGGUGACUGGGGUAGAUAAAGGUUCUAAAGCAAACGUGUGGAAACAGGUUGUAGUAGAUGUGAUGGAAAAGACGAUGUUUCUGUUGAAUCAUGUUGUUGAUGGUUCUCUGGACGAAGGUGUGGCCUAUGGAAGCUACACAGCUAAAUCAGUCACACAGUAUGUUUUUCUAGCCCAGCGUCAUUUUAAUAUCAACAACUUGGAUAAUAACUGGUUAAAAAUGCACUUUUGGUUCUAUUACGCCACCCUUUUACCAGGCUUCCAAAGAACUGUGGGUAUAGCAGAUUCCAAUUAUAAUUGGUUUUAUGGUCCGGAGAGCCAGUUAGUUUUUUUGGAUAAGUUUAUCUUAAAGAAUGGAGCUGGGAAUUGGUUAGCUCAGCAAAUUAGAAGGCACCGACCUAAAGAUGGACCAAUGGUCCCCUCCACUGCCCAGAGGUGGAGUACUCUUCACACUGAGUUCAUCUGGUAUGAUCCCCAGCUCACCCCACAGCCUCCUGCUGAAUAUGGUACUGCAAAAAUGCACACAUUCCCAAACUGGGGUGUUGUCACCUAUGGGGCUGGGUUGCCAAAUACACAGACCAAUACCUUUGUGUCUUUUAAGUCUGGGAAGCUAGGGGGGCGAGCGGUGUAUGACAUAGUUCACUUUCAGCCAUACUCCUGGAUUGACGGGUGGAGAAGCUUUAACCCAGGACAUGAACAUCCAGAUCAGAACUCAUUUACUUUUGCCCCCAAUGGGCAAGUGUUUGUUUCUGAAGCUCUCUAUGGACCCAAGCUGAGCCACCUUAACAACGUACUGGUGUUUGCUCCAUCACCCACAAGCCAGUGUAAUAAGCCCUGGGAAGGUCAACUGGGAGAAUGUGCACAGUGGCUCAGGUGGACCGGCGAGGAGGCUGGUGAUGCGGCAGGGGAAAUUGUCACUGCCUCUCAGCAUGGAGAAAUGAUAUUUGUGAGUGGGGAAGCAGUGUCUGCUUACUCUUCAGCAAUGAAGCUGAAAAGUGUGUACCGUGCUUUGCUUCUCUUAAAUUCCCAGACUUUGCUAGUUGUGGAUCACGUUGAGAAGCAAGACAAUUCCCCAAUAAAAUCUGUCAGUGCCUUCUUUCAUAAUCUGGACAUUGAUUUUAAGUAUAUCCCUUAUAGGUUUAUGAAUAGGUACAAUGGCGCCAUGAUGGAUGUGUGGGAUGCACACUACAGAAUGUUCUGGUUUGAUCAUCGUGGCAAUAGUCCCAUUGCUAGCAUACAGGAAGCAGAGCAAGCUGCUGAAUUUAAGAAACGGUGGACUCAAUUUGUUAAUGUUACAUUUCAGAUGGAAUCCACAAUCGCAAGAAUUGCAUAUGUCUUUUAUGGGCCAUAUGUCAAUGUUUCCAGCUGCAGAUUUAUUGAUAAUUCCAAUUCUGGACUUCAGAUUUCUCUCAAUGUCAAUAAUACUGAACAUGUCGUGUCCAUUGUAACUGACUACCAUAACCUGAAGACAAGAUUCGAUUACCUGGGUUUUGGUGGCUUUGCCAAUGUGGCUGAUCAGGGCCAAAUAACCCGAUUUGGUUUGGGCACUCAGGCAAUAGCCAAGCCCGUAAGACAAGGUAGGGUUAUUUUCCCCUUUGGAUUUAAAUUUAAUAUAGCAGCUGGGUUGAUUUUGUGCAUUAGCUUGGUGAUUUUAGCCUUUCAGUGGCGGUUUUACCUUUCUUUUAGAAAGCUAAUGCGGUGGGUCCUAAUGCUUGUUAUUGUCUUGUGGUUUAUUGAACUGCUGGAUGUGUGGAGCACUUGCACUCAGCCCCUCUGUGCAAAAUGGGCAAGGACAGAGGCCGAGGCAAGCCCGAAGUCCUUGUCUUCCGAAGGGCACCACCUCGAUCUUCCCUACGUCGUCAUUACCUCACUUCCUGGUUCAGGAGCUGAAAUUCUCAAACAGCUUUUUUUCAACAGUAGUGAUUUUCUCUACAUCAGAGUUCCUACAACCUACAUCGAUAUUCCUGAAACUGAAUUUGAAAUUGACUCAUUUGCAGAUGCCUGUGAAUGGAAGGCAUCAGAUAUCCACAGCGUGCAUUUCCGUUUACUCCGAGGCUGGUUGCAGUCCUUGGUUCAAGACACGAAACUACAUUUGCAAAACAUCCAUCUGCAUGAACCCAGUAGGGGUAAACUGGCCCCAUAUUUUACAGCAAAUAAGGACAAAAAAAGAAAAUUGAAAAGGAGAGAGUCUUUGCCAGAACAAAGAAGUAGAAUGAAAGGCACCUUUGAUAGAGAUGCUGAAUAUAUUAGGGCUUUGAGGAGACACCUGGUCUAUUACCCAAGCGCGCGUCCUGUGCUCAGCUUAAGCAGCGGGAGCUGGACCUUAAAGCUUCAUUUUUUUCAAGAAGUUUUAGGAGCUUCUAUGAGGGCAUUGUACAUAGUAAGGGACCCUCGGGCAUGGAUUUAUUCAAUGCUGUACAGUAGUAAACCAAGUCUCUACUCUUUGAAAAAUGUACCAGAACACUUAGCUAAAUUGUUUAAAAUAGAGGGAGGUAAAGGCAAAUGUAUCUUAAAUUCAGGCUAUGCUUUCGAGUAUGAAUCGUUGAGGAAAGAAUUAUCAAAAUCCCAGUCAAAUGCAGUCUCCCUGUUGUCUCAUUUGUGGCUAGCAAACACAGCAGCGGCCCUGAGAAUAAAUACAGAUUUGCUGCCUACCAGCUACCAGCUGAUCAAGUUUGAAGAUAUUGUACAUUUUCCUCAGAAAACCACUGAAAGGAUUUUUGCCUUUCUCGGAAUACCUUUGUCUCCUGCUAGUUUAAACCAAAUAUUGUUCGCCACCUCCACAAACCUUUUCUAUCUUCCCUAUGAAGGGGAAAUAUCACCAAGUAAUACUAAUGUUUGGAAACAGAACUUGCCUAGAGAAGAAAUUAAACUGAUUGAGAACAUCUGCUGGACACUGAUGGAGCGUCUAGGAUAUCCAAAGUUUAUGGACUAAAUGCUGCAGGUCAGCAGAGAUUUGCACUAAUCCUUUGCAGCCCGGUUUGUGGAUGUGAUGAGUUUGUUUAUUCUUGUACUAUGUGUGUGUGCGUGCGUGCGCGUGUUCAGUUUGUUACUUGCACAGAGAUUAUUUUGAAAAUAGGCCACAUAUUUGGCCUAGCAGGAUUUAUUUUUACGUCGCUACUUCCCUUGCCUUUGUUUCUGAAUUUUUUUUCUGCUGAAAUGUUCCUGCUACAGAGGCGUAGAUGAAGUUAUAGGAUGGCGGUUAGUGGAGGUAAGAAGAUCUUACAGGUUUUUGUCUGGCCGUCUCGUCUGUAACUGUGCUGAUCUAUCUUGGAACCUCAAACACUGCUAAAGGCCUUUCAAUUGCUGCUUUGCCCAAGCAUCUGUUGCUUUCAGGAUGGACUACAAAAGUUCCUUAUCUUUUUUAAAAGAUCUUCUAACACAUUUAUCUUGCACCAAAAAAAAAAGGGGGGGGGUUUGGUGUUUGGUUUGUUUUGUUUUGUUUUUUUCCUGUGUAUAAUGUUCAGUGAUAUCACUGGGGAAAUGGUGAAAGCUCCUAUCAGAACUAUAGAAUUCUUUCUGGAAAAUAAAGGUGGAAAUACAGAACGAACAUUUUUUUGAGGUCCGAGACAGUGGCCUGAAAAGCCUCCUUAAAGUUUUUUUACUUGGAAGGAACAAGGAGUCAGUCUUUGAACAAUCUGGGUGCCAAGGGCUGGGAGAGUAUUUUAGACUUGCUUGUCUGUUUAAAACUCUCUUCUCUCUCUUGCCUCCUUGAAGCUACAGCUGUUCCCACCCCUCACACCCUGUCCUUUCUGUCACUGUCAUGCAAAAUAACCCAUUAUUGAUUGCUGAAGUCCCGACAUUUGUGGGGAUUUUUUUUCCCCCUGAUGAUUAAUCUUGCAUUAAAGAAUCGCACUUAGAAUCGAAUUUCUUUUUGUGGAAUCCUCACCGUAUGACUCAGAGAAAGCAGUACCAGUGCUGCCAGUGUUUUUUUAGCCUGGAAACAGAAUUGGAAACCUGCCCAGCUGAUCCUGCAUCCCUUUGAAUGAGUUUGCAGACUGCCAGUGUCUGCAAAAGUUACAGGCAAAUGGGAGAUGACAUCAGAGGCAUCUGUUUCUUUUACCAUCUGCAUCUUAUUAUAAAUGUAGUCGUCAUAAAAUCUGGUUCAUUUUAUUUUGGUAGGCUCUGAAAUCAAAAUGCCACGCCGUUAGAUGCCGUUAUAAGCUGGGGGAGUAAUUACCACGCACUGGACGAAAACCAUCAGGCGGUGUUGAGACCUGAUGAAAAUCUCUGUACAGAUUGCAGUCUUUCUGACGUUUCAGACUGUCGUUUCCCCAAGCUCUCCAACACUUGCGAGUCUGUCCUUCUGACCUAGAUAAAAGUGGUUCUUUCUCAGUAGUUUGUUAUUAUGUCAAAAUGUGCCUCCAGAGUGAUAAGGCUGUGGAUAUGUUCCAUUCCAGCUAAACCUAACUUGGCUGUCAUUUUUCUUCCAUUAUAGUGUGAAUGCAGACCGCUCCUCCUCCCCCAGCUUUACUUCCUUCCCUCCGCUCUCCCUGCUUUCUCUCUGCAAUGUCAAAAAUGAAUGGAAAAUCGUAUUUUAUCAGUAUAGGUUGAGAGGGCAGCUGAAACCUGAGUCUACACAGGUAUUCUCAAGGAAGGUUAUUCUACCUACCUCAGGGUUAUCAACAAGCACGUAAAAUUGCUGCAUGGAUGAUAACACUCUUUCCAUUACUGGUCAGAGUCUCAGUGUUUGCUUUCAAUUCCCAGGAUGUGUGAUCUCAAAUCGGAUCAAAUCAAAAGGCUUUGGGUUGGCAGUAAUAGCAGGUCUGAUCAAGGUAAGACUUACACAUGUGUACAGAAGCUGAACCGCUCCCUGUUAAUAUUGCAGAAACACCCCCAAGGGGAAGGAGAGAACCAGGUGGACUAUGUGGAGGAAUC